UCAGACCUUAUCGAGCAACAGCAGAAUUUCUCGGAGGGAAGAGACGUCAAACCUAAUGGGAAGGAUCGCAGAGAGUUUUUUUUCUGCUCCCCUUGUCUCGUGAAAUAACAAUCUUGACAUAUUAAGUUUAAAGAAAAAAUAUAAAUAGAUUCUAUAUAUAAAUAUAUAAUCUGACUGAUCUGGAUCGGAUAAAAUUACGUCCAUAAAGGGGCAAACAAACAAAAUCUGAAACGGUUCUGGCAGUGGAGAGCAAAAACCAGUUCGGAAACGCUGCGAAUUUCGAGUGGAAAGGAGUUUCCUCGCCCUUGAGGGGGAAAAUACACGCCCGAAACAAUUUAACGGGGACCGUGUGGUAAGUGAAACCACAAAAUCGGAACAGCGCAAUUACAGAGGAGGAGGAGGAGCAGCAGCACAGAAACGCAUCAACAAAUUUUGGGAUGGUUUCAAAAGGAUGUGAACAUGAAGAAUACUGAUGUUGCAAUAGAAUAUGAAAUCACCAAACCUGCAUGUAAAAUGGCGAUUAGAAAUUCUAAGCAUUUGGAAAAUUAUAAUGAAGGAACAGAAACACAGACAGAGUUGUGUGAAGAUGCUUUGGAGACAGCAGGUCGGGUGGAAGGUCUAUCAAUGGAUGUUUCAAUGUAUUCUUGUAUGCAAAUUCAAGAUGAGAGAAACCAGAAGGGCAAGUACCAUCAUAGCCUACAUCUGCUGAAGCCCUUUCGUAACUCCUCCAAACAGCAGCAUCCUGUGGACAAUGCCGGUUUCUUCUCAUUCAUGACCUUCAGUUGGUUGACAUCUUUGGCCUUCACAGCUUAUAAAAAAGGGGAGCUCCUUCUUGAAGAUGUUUGGCCUCUGUCAAAGUAUGAAUCUUCUGAAGUCAAUGGUCGAAGAUUAGAGCGACUAUGGCAAAUAGAAUUGAAAGAACGUGGCCGGGAUGAUGCUUCAUUGAAUACAGUGAUUUGGAGAUUCUGCCAGACACGGCUGGUUAUCGCUAUGAUCUCUUUGAUGGUUACAAUGGUGGCUGGCUUCUGUGGACCAGCUUUUCUUGUCAAGCGUCUCCUGGACUACACAGCAUUGAGUGAAUCAAACCUGCAGUAUGGCUUGUUCUUAAGUCUUGGAUUGUUUUUGACUGAAGUAGUCCGUUCCUGGUCACUGGCAAUGACCUGGGCACUGAACUAUCGCACAGCUGCUAGGCUUCGAGGAGCUGUCCUGACCAUGGCAUUUGACAAGAUUCUAAAACUUAAGAAUAUAAAGGAGAAAUCUUUGGGUGAGCUUAUCAAUAUUUGUUCAAGCGAUGGACAGCGACUGUUUGAAGCAGCUGCAGUCGGAAGUUUGCUUGCAGGAGGGCCUCUUGUAGCAGUUCUGGGAAUGAUUUAUAAUGCCACAUUGCUUGGUCCUACUGCAUUUCUUGGUUCUGCAGUCUUCAUACUUUUUUACCCAGCUAUGAUGUUCGUGUCCCGGUUGACUGUGUACUUCAGAAGGAAGUGUAUUUCUGUGACUGAUGAACGUGUUCAAAGGAUGAAUGAAAUAAUUUCUUACAUAAAAUUUAUCAAAAUGUAUGCUUGGGUGAAGGCGUUUUCUCAGAGCAUUCUCAAAAUACGAGAGAAGGAACAACAAAUUUUGGAGUAUGCUGGAUAUUUUCAAAGCAUUUCAGUGGGUGUUGCUCCAGUUGUUGUGGUUAUAGCUAGUGUGGUAACUUUUUCUGUCCACAUGCUCUUGGGAUAUGACCUCACUGCUGCAGAGGCUUUCACUGUGGUGACAGUUUUCAAUGCUAUGACGUUUUCUCUUAAAGUCACUCCAUUCUCUGUGAAAUCACUUUCUGAGGCAUCUGUAGCUGUGGAGAGAUUCAAGAGUUUAUUUCUAAUGGAAGAAUUUCACAUCAUAAGAAAGAAGCCAGAAUGUCCUCAAAUCGCCAUAGAGCUGAAAAGCGCUACUCUGGCUUGGGACUGCCCAGACUCCAGUGCCCAGGCUUCACCCAAGAUGACUCCCAACUUCAAAACAGACCAGCACGAUACCAAAAUGAAGAAAGAGAAAAAGAAACUACACCAGAAUGUACAAAGUGGUCCACUAACUGAACAAAACGGACAUCUGCUAAUAGACAGUGAUGAACAACCCAGCCCUGAUGAGAACAAAGGGAUUUAUUUGACUAAUCCCAGACUGCAGAGAACUCUCUACAACAUCAACCUUAGUAUUCCAAAGGAGAAGCUGGUUGGAAUCUGUGGCAGUGUGGGCACUGGCAAAACAUCCUUGAUUUCUGCUGUUCUGGGACAGAUGACCCUGAUAGAAGGAAGUAUUGCAGUUGAUGGAGAUUUUGCUUACGUUGCCCAGCAAGCAUGGAUUCGAAGUGCCACUGUCAGAGAGAAUAUUGUGUUUAGCAAAGCAUUCAAUGAAGAAAGAUACAACAGUGUACUUACUGCCUGCUGCCUGAGACCGGAUCUUGCAAUAUUGCCCAAUGGGGAUAUGACAGAGGUGGGAGAACAUGGAGCUAAUUUGAGUGGAGGACAACGACAGAGAAUCAGUUUGGCACGUGCUUUGUACAGUGACAGAAGCAUUUAUAUUUUGGAUGAUCCUCUUAGUGCAUUGGAUGCUCAUGUAGGAAACCACAUCUUUAACAAUGCAAUUAAAAAACAGCUGAAAUGGAAGACUGUUCUCUUUAUCACACAUCAACUCCAGUAUCUGGUAGACUGUGAUGAAGUGUUGCUGAUGAAGGACGGCUGUAUAACUGAGAGAGGGUCUCAUGAAGAGUUAAUGAUUUUGAAUGGUGAUUAUGCUGCAAUGUUCAACAAUCUACAACUGGGAGAUACUCCACAUGUUGAGGUAAACAAAAAUAGCUUGAACAAUUCCUUAAAGAAAUCUCAAGAAAAAAGCCAGACUGGAUCUGUGAAGAAAGAAAGAAACACAAAUAAGGCAGCAGAUCAGCUUAUACAAGCGGAGGAUAAAGGGAAAGGUUCUAUACCGUGGUCUGUGUACGGUGUGUACAUCCAGGCAGCAGGCGGCCCUCUUGUAUUUUUCCUUGUGAUGAUUCUUUUUGUCCUGAAUGUAGGGAGUGUUGCUUUUAACAACUGGUGGCUUAGUUACUGGAUCAAUGCAGGCAGUGGGAAUAUAUCUGCAACUUUGGAGAAUGAAACAUAUGUAAGUCACAACAUGAAGGACAAUCCACAUAUGCAUUACUAUGCGGGGAUCUACGCACUGUCAAUGGCAGUAAUGCUAAUUAUAAAGGGAGUUCGUGGUGUUGUAUUUGUUAAGGGAACACUUGGAGCCUCAUCCAGGCUGCAUGAUGAACUCUUUCACAAGAUCCUCAGGGGUCCCAUGAAGUUUUUUGACACCACUCCUUCUGGCCGAAUCCUUAAUAGAUUCUCAAAAGAUAUGGAUGAAGUGGACACACGGCUACCUUUCCAAGCAGAGAUGUUUAUUCAGAACAUCAUCCUGGUGUUUUUCUGCAUUGGUGUAGUUGGUUCUGUCUUUCCAUGGUUUCUUGUUGCUGUUGGCCCUCUUGUCAUUCUGUUCAUGAUUCUCAACCAAGUAUCAAGGAUAUUUAUUAGAGAGUUGAAGCGUUUGGACAAUAUCACUCAGUCUCCUUUUCUGUCACAUAUCACGUCCAGUAUCCAGGGACUAACUACAAUCCAUGCUUAUAACAAAACUGGAGAGUACCGACGCAGGUAUCAGGAGCUGUUAGAUGCUAAUCAGGCUCCAUUCUUCUUGUUCACCUGUGCAAUGCGCUGGCUUGCUGUGAGAUUGGAUAUAGUCAGUAUUGCUCUUAUUGGCACAACUGCAGUGAUAAUAGUUGUAAUGCAUGGACACAUUCCUCCAGCUUAUGCAGGACUUGCCAUUUCCUAUGCUGUCCAGCUCACCGGUUUAUUUCAGUUUACUGUUCGACUUGCUUCUGAGACUGAGGCUAGGUUCACCUCUGUGGAAAGAAUUAAUCACUACAUAAAGACUCUGAAAUUGGAGGCUUCAGCUCGUAUUAAGGAUAAAACUCCACCUGCAGACUGGCCUCAACAAGGGCAAAUAACAUUUGCAAAUGUAGAGAUGAGAUAUCGUGAGAAUCUACCUCUGGUGCUAAAGAAAGUGUCCUUUACCAUUAAACCUCAAGAAAAAAUUGGUAUUGUGGGCAGAACUGGGUCAGGUAAAUCUUCGUUAGGAAUCGCACUAUUCCGAUUGGUUGAGCUCUCAGGUGGUUCAAUAUUCAUUGAUGGAGUGAACAUUACUGAAAUUGGUUUGGCCGAUCUUCGCAGCAAACUAUCUAUUAUACCCCAAGAACCAGUUUUGUUCACUGGCACUGUAAGGUACAAUCUAGAUCCUUUUCAGCAGUACACUGAGGAGCAAGUAUGGGAUGCAUUGGAACGAACACACAUGAAAGAAUGUAUUUCUCAACUGCCUUUAAAAUUGGACUCUGAAGUGGUGGAAAAUGGAGAGAAUUUCUCUGUUGGAGAGAAACAGUUAAUAUGUGUAGCCAGGGCUUUGCUACGGAGAUGUAAGAUUCUAGUGUUAGAUGAAGCGACUGCUGCCAUGGAUACAGAGACUGAUUCUCUGGUGCAAGAGACAAUCCGAGAAUCAUUUGCUGACUGUACAAUGUUGACCAUUGCACAUCGUUUGAAUACGGUACUCAACUGCGAUCGCAUCAUGGUGCUAAGUCAGGGCCAGGUUAUGGAAUUUGAUGAGCCAUCUGUUCUUCUUGCCAAUGAAAACUCAAGAUUUUGUGCAAUGUUUGCUGCUGCUGAAAAUAAAGCCACAAUAAAGGGCUAACAAAGUCUACAGAAUUUUCUUCAGAAUUAACUUACUUGCUGCUUGUGAUAAGUUGUCAACAUUUGUCUAUCCUAGGACAACAUAUCCUCAGUUGUUUUACAACAACUUACACUAUUUAUGUAUGCCCAGAGUAAUUUCAGAUACUCUAAGACUUUGUUUUCUGAAUUUUCUUUUAGGAUUUUUAAUUGAAAGCUGAGCUAAUUCUAUUAACUACAAAUCAAUUCAAGGUUCAGGGAGCCUUAGAUGUUAGUUUCAAAUGCCUAUAAGUUAAGCCUCACACAUUACAGAUCUAUAAAUCAAUACAUAGAGUAUUUGCAGUGCUUAUAUGCUGUGCUUUAUUUUGUAUUCUAUUUUUGCACUGUUAUAUUGUGCUUUCUUUUAUAUUCUACUCCUGUACAGUUUUACACUGUAUCAGAAUUUGCUAUUUAACUGUGAGACAGUUGUCAAUGUCAAGUUAUAUUUAUAUAGAAUAAAGAUUACACCAAUUCAUAAAUCAAAUUAAUAUUCUUCACUGUUUAAUCCAGACAGCAGUAGAUGUUGUCAUGAUAAACAGUACCAAAUAGAUUUAUUUUAAUCAUUCUAAUUCUAGUAUGGCACUAAAUUCUUUGGAGUUUUUUUUGUUACUAGGAAAAAUAUACCUCAGGUUCAAAUUAUUUUACCGUAUGAUUUGUACUGUUGACAUUUAUUGUCCAUGUGCACUGUGGGUAUAAGCUACUUCCUUAAGACCAUGUAAAAGUGGUUUUUGCUGUUACCAUAGAAUGCUUGUUGUACAAAUCCUGGCCAUGUUGCACGUAUUUGUCACCUUGUAGAGUUUAGAGCCUUAGCAUGAUUUUGCAAAUCAAGAAAACCUGCCUUGUUAAAUCUUUAAAUAUAAAUAAACUAUUUUAUGUUAAUACA